AUGGAACCACAGUGGCAGAACUACUCCGAUAUACCGGGGAACAAGCCUGGACAGUUUACUCCCAACACUGGCCACUCAGCCGUGGACCACGGACAGGCACACCAGCCUCCUCGCGGUUUCACGUACGAGACCUACCAACCGCCAGGCAGCGUAUCCAAGGUUCCUACAAGUCUCAGACCAACCUCCAUGGUCCCCUCGCCCUCUGGCAACGGCAACGGCCCGGGAACGCCCAACACUCGCGAUCUGGAUCAUGACACCCACAUGGAAGACGCGGACCCUUACAAUAGAGCCAAGUACUCUGCUCGGCCGCCCACGCACCAACGAAACUCGUCGCAAUUCCUCGCCAAUGAAGAAUCCUCCUCAGCUGCCCGCAGAUAUUCUCCCAUGAGCGUUAUCUCGCCCACUUUACCAUAUAACAUGAGUCCCAACGCCGCCCAGAAUACAUAUGGGUUCCCUCCCACUGCAAAGUCAAGCUCGCAUCCAUCGCCGACCAAUACAAGCAACUAUUCGGCCUCCCAGUCAUAUCAAUCACCACCAUGUAUGUUUUCAGUUCAAUUUCAGUCUCAAUCACCUCAAAAUCGACGAUUUCAUUCUCUGCCUCUCCUCGCUAGUGGGACGUUGGUAUCACCACCACCGUACGAGAGAAGGCCUCACACCUCCCAUAUCACCAAAGAUGGACUGAGAUUUCAGUAUCCAUCGCUAAACUCUAGAUCUACUGACGGCCCUUUCCCUUUCACUGUUCAUAAGCCAGCUCCUCCUAAACACCCAGCAAACUCCUGCACUGAGCAUCAUCUUACUGACACAUCUCCAGCCGCACCAUCACGCCCGCAUGCCCCACGCCUUCCUCCCAUGCAGUCCAACGACAUGAGUCCUGAGAGAUACUAUCCGCAGUCUGCCACACUUCAGCUCCAUUCUGCCUUUGGCCAAGACUCAAAAUCUCAUCGCCCAGUUUCUUAUCAGCCUCAGUCAGCGGGUGGGAGUCCCAGUGUUGGCAUGGGUCGUGGACCCGUACCAAAAUUCCAGAGCAUCAAAUGCAUCAGCGAGCUACAGCCUAGGAUCAACAAACAGCCGGCUUUCCGACGAGCAAACCCGGAGGGAGGGUUCAUCAGCCCUCUACAAGCACUCACAACCCAUCUACCGGCAACUUAUCGAAUCUGCAAUCCUACCUUCAAAUACGAAUCAUCUAGGAAUCCUCGACGUGUGCUGACCAAGCCGAGCAAAGGUGUCAAGAACGAUGGCUACGAUAACGAUGACAGCGACUAUAUCCUCUACGUCAACGAUAUUCUCGGUAGUGAGGAAGCAAACCACAAGAACCGCUAUCUUAUCCUCGACGUCCUUGGCCAAGGAACCUUUGGACAGGUAGUCAAGUGCCAAAAUCUGAAGACGCAGGAAGUCAUUGCUGUGAAGGUCAUCAAGAACAGGACCGCAUACUUCAACCAGAGUAUGAUGGAAGUUUCCGUCUUGGAUCUGAUCAGUAGCAAGCUUGACAAGAACGACGACCACCAUCUACUUCGACUAAAGGACACCUUUAUUCAUCGCCAACAUCUCUGUUUAGUAUUUGAACUGCUCAGCGUUAAUCUUUACGAGUUGAUUAAGCAGAAUCAGUUCCGUGGCCUGAGUACCACCCUCGUGAGAGUGUUCGCCCAGCAGUUGCUUAACGGACUCGCACUCCUGAACAAAGCUAGAUUGAUACAUUGCGAUCUAAAGCCAGAAAAUAUCUUGCUAAAAAACCUGGAGAGCCCUAUAAUCAAAAUUAUCGACUUCGGAUCCGCGUGUGACGAACGGCAAACUGUCUAUACCUAUAUCCAGUCUAGGUUCUACCGCUCACCUGAGGUUCUUCUAGGAUUGCCGUACUCCUCAGCAAUCGAUAUGUGGUCUCUCGGAUGCAUUGUUGUUGAACUCUUCCUCGGCCUUCCUCUCUUCCCUGGCUCAUCGGAGUACAACCAAAUAUCUAGAAUAACGGAAAUGCUCGGACUGCCUCCAGUAUGGAUGCUUGAGAACGGGAAACAGGCUGGUGAAUUCUUUGAGAAGACGCAAGAUGAAUUCGGUCGACAGAGUUUCAGGCUGAAGAGCAUGGAGCAGUAUUCUCGAGAGCACAAUACCAAGGAGCAGCCAAGCAAGAAGUACUUCCAAGCUACAACGCUACCGGAAAUUAUCAGGUCAUACGCAAUGCCACGGAAGAACAUGAAGCAGGCUGAAAUUGACAGGGAGAUGAACAACCGCGUUGCAUUCAUCGACUUUGUUCGUGGCCUCCUAUCCAUUAACCCUCUUGAAAGAUGGUCGCCGCAACAAGCCAAACUCCACCCCUUCAUCACGCAGCAAAAGUUCACCCAGCCGUUCGUCCCGCCGGUCCAUCUCAAAUCCUCCGUCAUCAACAAAUCUGUUGCUCCUGGAGUCCAGCAACAACAACAAGCAGAGGCAGCAUCCAAGCAACGUGCCCAAGCAGCUCAAGCACAAGCGGCCCAGGCUCAAGCAAACUCUGCAGCUGCGGCCGCCGCCCAGUCUGCUUAUGCUCUUCAAAUGAACCAAUUCAACGCACCACACAAUCAACCUCCACCCGUCUAUAACAACAUGUAUAACACUCAACAGCAACAACACCAAGCUCCGCCCCCGCAGCAACAGCCUCCACAACAACAGGGUCCACCACCGCCAUAUCCUACACAACAGGGCUACCAAAUGCCCAUUAUGCAAUCAGGCCACAUGUCCCUCCCACCGCAGCAGACACAAUAUGGCUCAUCCCAGAACUUAUACGCGCAAGCCACUACGCGUGCUGGCCGACAACGGGCUACGACAAUGGACCAACAGCAGAGUGGCAUCCCACAGUCUAUACAGCGAGUAGCCAGCCACUUAGACCCCAACUCGCCCAUCCGUCUUCAGCCUAGCCCGGCAUACUACCCGCCUCCAGCAGACGGGUACGCCGAUUCUUCUGGUCAAAGCGGUCAAAGGCGAACUAGCCGAGCAAGAAAUAACGGCUCACACGGCAGAAACAGAGAUUUCAUUCGCAGCCUUGAGGACGGAGCUCUGGGAGAUGGCUUCAUGAGCCAGAAUCAAAACCAAUGGCACUGA